CAUGGAGAAGAUAAACAUCAACCAAGGCAAGAGAAAAGGGUAGGAGGAUUGAAAGCUGUACUUUUUGUCUAUGCGACGGAGGGGCUGGAGAACAUGGCGUUUAUUGCCAACGCCGUGAGCCUUGUGACUUACUUUAUGGGGUACAUGAACUUCAGCUUGACAAAAUCUGCAAACGCAGUCACAAACUUCAUGGGAACUUCAUUCAUCCUAGCAUUCUUAGGAGGAGUCAUAGCUGACACCUACUUGACAAGAUUCACAACCUGUGUCCUGUUUGGAUUCCUGGAAUUGCUGGGAUAUGCCCUGCUGACAAUACAAGCACACUUCGAUCAACUGAGGCCAACUCCUUGCACGGAUGUUUCGAAACAAUGCGAGGCUGCAAAGAGUGGCCAAGCAGCAAUUCUUUACACUGGUCUAUACCUGGUAGCUCUAGGGACAAGCGGGGUUAAGGCGGCCUUGCCAUUGCUGGGAGCUGACCAGUUCGACAGAAACGACCCUAAAGAGGCAGCUCAACUUUCAAGCUUUUUCAACUGGUUCAUGUUUAGCUUGACUGGUGGAUCUAUAGCUGGUGUGACCUUUGUUGUGUGGAUAAGUUCUAACAAGGGUUGGGAUUGGGCGUUCGGGGUGUGCGGUUUAGCAGUCUUGCUUGCAAUUAUGUCUGUAUGGAUUGGCAAGCCAUUUUAUAGGGAUAAUGCCCCUCGAGGAAGCCCCAUAAUUCGAAUCCUACAGGUAUUUGUGGCUGCCAUCCGCAACCAAGACCUUCCAAUACCAAAGAAGGAAGAUGAACUACAUGAGAUUUAUGACAAAGGAACACUGGUGAUGCCUAAUGAAAUUCUUCAGAGAACCAAUGAAUUCAGAUUCUUGGAUAGAGCAGCAGUGAGUAGGAUCCCGUUGGGUGAAUCAGCAGUACCUCCAGGACCUUGGAGGCUUAGCACAGUGACCCAAGUUGAAGAAACAAAGAUUCUACUUCGCAUGCUCCCGAUUGUACUUAGCACUCUUUUCAUAAAUACUUGCUUGGCUCAACUCCAAACUUUCUCCAUACAACAAAGCAUGACCAUGGAUACCCACAUCCUUGGUUUUAAGAUCCCUGCUCCCUCCCUCCCUGUCAUUCCCCUGGGGUUCAACUUCAUUUUUUUACCAAUUUAUGACCGCAUUUUCGUUCCAAUUGCCCGAAGAAUGACAGGAAUUCCCACUGGAAUCCGAUAUCUUCAGCGAAUUGGAGUUGGAUUGGUGCUCUCAACCAUUUCCAUGGCAAUUGCUGGAGUCAUGGAAACCCGGCGCAAAUCUGUGGCUGUUCGACACAACAUGGUAGACUCUACAGAACCACUGCCAAUGAGUGUGUUUUGGCUUGGAUUCCAGUAUGCUGUAUUCGGGUUGGCUGAUAUGUUCACAUUGGUAGGGCUGCUAGAGUUCUUCCAUGCAGAGAGCUCAGCUGGAAUGAAGGGAACGAGCACAGCUAUCUCAUGGUUUUCACUAGCAUUUGGGUACUAUAUAAGCUCAGUGGUGGUGGAGGUGGUGAACAAGGCCAGCGGGGGUUGGUUGGCUUCUAACAACCUGAACAGAGACAAGUUGAACUACUUCUACUGGUUAUUGUCGGCGUCGAGUGCUGUUAACUUUGUUAUUUACCUGGUGUGUGCCUCCCGGUACAAAUAUAAGAACGUGGAAAUGAAGCGAGAAGAAAACCCUUAUGCUGGUAAUACCAUGGACUAGGAUUUAUGAUCAAAGGUUUCCCCAUGCAAUUGUUCCUAUAU